UUCCCCGGCCCUGCCAGUAUGGGGCCGUCACGGUCACAGGUCCUUGUGGAUGGUUUUCUCCCCUCUGGAUCUGUGACAGACCCGCCAAAGCGGGGGGACGCGCCGACUCUGCACGGGAACCUGACACUGACGAUGCCCAAUAUGUGCCAAAGAACAUGAAGGAACUGAAGGAGCCCAGGCAUCGUAAAGAUAACCGGCGUCCAGACCUUGAAAUAUACAAGCCUGGCCUCUCCCGGCUUAGGAACAAACACACACUAUUAAAACAGGAAGCCUCAGCAUAUGAAGGGACCAGAUCUGAGGAAUCCAAGGCUGAAACUGCUAGUGACAAAGAUCCUGCUGGUACUGGAGGGGGAUCUCAGGUCACUGGCGAUCUCAGCAAAGGUGACAGCCAGAAGCAGAAUGGUCCCUCCCAGGGAAAUGGAGAGAUGGAAAGUAAAGCUGUUUUUCAGAGCCAAGAGAAUUUGGAUAAACACUCUGUCUCAGAUGACUGGUGUCCCAGGAUCAUCAGGAGAACCAAGAAGCCGGACCAGCAGAUCUAUCAGCCUGGGAAACGCCUGCAGACUGUUGCCAAGGAGGCAGCCAGCCAGCCAGCCAAUGAUGAAAUUGUCAGUAAGAUGGAACAGCUGAGAGUUGAAGGAGAUGAAGAGACUGAAAGGGACAUCGGGAAAGGCAGCAACAGCAGCAGAACUAAACUAAACAGAGAGGAGAGGGAGGGAAGCCUGACUAGUGAGGGAGUGAAAAGCACAAGGGGAGAAAAAGGAAGGGAGGUAGAGCGGGCUGACAGGGUCAGGAAAUCAAGUGAUGACUUGAUCCAGGGGAAGCUGGGAUCUACAAAGCGAUACUCCCGCUCUGACAAACGGAGGAGCCGAUACCGCACCUGCAGCACAAGCUCAGCAGGGAGCAACAACAGCACAGAUGGAAUCCCACUGGCUGAUGGGGGAAAGAAGCGACAGGAGCGGGCCAAAGAGAGAAGCCGUCCUAAAAAACAGCUCUCUGCUUCCUCCACUGACUCUCUGGAAGAUGACAAAAUUGGGGAGACAGAAGCUUUUGGUGCCAGCAGAAAUUCAGAGAGAAAGCACCCAGAGCAGAGCCGAGCUUCUCAAAGUGAGAGUGAGUGGAGCAGCAAUGGGAAGGAGGCCAAGGGAGCCCUGCGCGUCACCUUCAAUAACACGACUGUGAACAGAGACAUCUGUGUGGCGCAGACAGACAAGAAAAAGCCUCCGAAGGCUUUUAAUGUAAGUGACUCCCUAGAGGCUGUGGACGUGAAGGGCAGGGAGCCUCAAGGGAGAGGCCGUGGGAUUCUCAUCCUACCUGCCAACACAGACCUCUCUGCCAGUGCUGCAGGCUCUCCCGAAUCUACCCAGUCUGGGCCCAGGCUCCUGCUUGGGAGUGGUGGCAGCAAGGGGCCCAGAGGCAGGGGCCGUGGAGGCACUAUGCGCAGAUUGUGGGAUCCAAACAACCCGGACCAAAAACCUGCUCUGAAGAGCCAGACCUCACAGCUUCAUUUUCUAGAUACUGACGAUGAAGUGAGCCCCACUUCCUGGGGGGAUGCGCGCCAGUCGCAGGCCUCCUACUACAAAUUUCAGAACUCUGACAACCCCUAUUAUUACCCCAGUCCAAAAGGCCAGGGUCCUCAGUAUCCUUAUGGAGGGUAUUCUUUGCAAUAUCAGAUGGGCCCCAAUAACAGUGUUUACCCAGGAGCUUACUACCCCGGAUAUCCAGGCCAGUCAGGGCAGUAUAUCUGCAGCCCCCUCCCCUCUACCCCUUUGAGUCCGGAGAUGGAGCAGCAGAUGAGGAACAUACAGCAGCAGGAGCUCAGCAAACUCCUGCGAGAGGCUGGGAACCAGGAGCAGCAGCUCAGCAACCUGCUUUCCAGAGACCGCAUCAGCCCCGAGGGUCUUGAGAAGAUGGCACAACUGAGAGCGGAGAUGCUGCAACUGUAUGAACGAUGCAUCCUCAUGGAUAUUGAGUUCUCCGAUAACCAGAAUGUGGAUCAGCUGCUCUGGAAGAACGCCUUCUAUCAGGUGAUUGAGAAAUUCCGGCAGCUCCUCAAGGAUCCGCUAGGGGAGAACGGGCAGGAAAUUCGGAACAAACUGCUCCAGCUCCUCGAUGAGGGCACUAUUUUCUUUGACAAUUUGCUUCAGAAGCUGCAGGUGUCAUACCAGUUCAAACUGGAGGAUUAUAUGGAUGGGAUGGCCAUUCGCAGCAAGCCCUUGCGGAAGAUGGUGAAGUACGCGCUGAUCAGUGCCCAGAGGUGUAUGAUUUGCCAAGGGGACAUUUGCCGGUACAGGGAGCAAGCGAACGACACAGCAAACUAUGGGAAAGCACGCAGUUGGUAUCUGAAGGCUCAGCACAUUGCCCCCAAAAAUGGCCGUCCAUACAAUCAGUUGGCCCUGCUGGCUAUCUACACGAGGAGGAAGCUGGAUGCUGUGUACUAUUACAUGCGCAGCCUGGCCGCCAGCAACCCCAUCCUCACAGCCAAGGAGAGCCUCAUGAGCCUGUUUGAAGAGACAAAACGCAAGGCUGAGCAGAUGGAACAGAAGCAGCAUCAGGUGCUGGAACUGAGCCCCAGCCGAUGGGGCAAGGGCAAGAAGUCCACGUUCCGACAAGUUGGAGACGACGCCACUCGGCUGGAGAUCUGGAUUCAUCCUUCCCACCCCCGCUGCUCCCAUGGCCAUGAAUCCGGCAGGGAGUCUGAGCAGGACAAUGGUCUUGGGAACCUCAGCCCCAGUGAUCUGAACAAAAGGUUCAUCCUCAGUUUUCUCCAUGCCCAUGGGAAGCUGUUUACCAGGAUUGGGAUGGAGACGUUCCCUUCGGUGACAGAGGAGGUGCUGCGGGAGUUCCAGGUGCUGCUGAAGCACAGCCCCCCUCCCAUUGGAAGCACCCGCAUGCUGCAGCUCAUGGCUAUCAACAUGUUUGCGGUGUACAACUCCCAGCCCAAAGAGUGCCUCUCGGAGGACUGUCGCUCAGUGCUCCAGGAACAGGCCACGGCGCUGGGACUCUGCAUGUUCGCCCUGCUGGUGAGGCGCUGCACCAGCUUACUGAAGGAGUCUGUCCGAGCUUGGCCCCAGGAAGCAGAGCAGGACGAGGAGGAUGAUAUCAAGGUCUCCGCUUUGCCCCAGGAUCUGAAGGAGCUCCUCCCCAGCGUGAAAGUCUGGUCAGACUGGAUGCUCGGCCACUCGGACACCUGGAACCCCCCUCCCACCUCCCUUGAGCUGCCCAAACAGGUCUCAGUGGAUGUGUGGGCGACACUGGCCGACUUCUGUAACAUACUGACCACAGUGAAUCAGUCGGAGGUGCCGUUGUACAAGGACCCCGAUGAUGACCUUUCCCUGCUCAGCCUGGAAGAGGAUCGGCUCCUUUCAGGCUUUGUCCCCCUGCUGGUCGCCCCCCAGGAGCCCUGCUACGUGGAGAAAACCUCGGACAAGGUUAUUGCAGCUGACUGCAAGAGGGUCACAGUUCUGAAGUAUUUCCUGGAAGCCCUUUGUGGACAAGAAGAGCCUUUGCUGGCAUUCAAGGGUGGAAAAUAUGUAUCAGUGGCACCCGUCCCAGACGCCAUGGGAAAGGAAAUGGGAAGCCAAGAGGGAAAACAACUGGAAGAUCAGAAGGAGGAUGACUUGAGGAUUGAGGCGUUUGAAGAUGAUUCUGAGGCUGAAGUCAGUGGAGAAGAGUUUGACAUCAGGGAACUCAGAGCCAGGAAGCAAGCACUGGCGAGGAAAGUAGCUGAGCAGCAGCGUCGUCGGGACAAGAUUCAGGCUGUGCUGAAGGAUCAGAGCCAGAUGCGGCAGAUGGAGCUGGAGAUCAGACCUGUCUUCCUGGUGCCAGACACCAACGGCUUCAUCGACCACCUGAACAGCCUGAAGAAGCUGCUGGAGUGGCGGAAGUUCAUCCUGGUGGUGCCCCUGAUUGUGAUCAAUGAGCUGGAUGGCCUGGCCAAGGGCCCGGAGCUGGAGCAUCGGGCGGGGGGCCAUGCCCGCCUGCUGCAGGAGAAAGCCAGGAGGUCCAUUGAGUUCCUGGAGGAGCGCUUUGAGAAUCGCGACAACUGCAUGAGGGCUCUGACUAGCCGCGGCAACGAGCUCGAGUCCAUCUCCUUCCGCAGCGAAGACACCACCGGCCAGCAGGGCAACAAUGACGACCUGAUUCUGUCCUGCUGUCUCCAUUACUGCAAUGACAAGGCCAAGGACUUCAUGCCCACCAACAAAGAUGAUCCAAUCCGGCUGCUCAGAGAGGUGGUGCUGCUCACGGACGAUCGGAACCUGCGUGUCAAGGCACUGACCCGGAACGUGCCCGUGCGAGACAUUCCCACCUUCCUGAAGUGGGCCCAGGAGGGCUGAGCGGGUGUCACUGAGGAGGAGAUGUCCCCGCGUGAGUGACGCAGCGUGUUGCUGGUGGGAGUAUGGCUUUCAAGGCAGCCCUGCACCACCACCACUGCCGCCCGACCCACCAGUGAACAAUAAACACCACGUCUUCAAACCCC